CGUAAAAUGAAAAACCCCUAGGUUUGGAAAGUAGGGUUUUUGAACGAACUCCAUACUUCGUAGCAUCUUGUCUGUAAACUCUUGCUUCUCAACCUCUCUGCAACUCGGGAUUCUGCUCUAUACGUUUCUUGCUUCAGUUUUUGGAUUUUCAAUUCGCAGAGGUAGCGAUGGAUAUCGAUGGGGUUUCGGAAGACAGUUCUCGUCGAAUUCAAGUGCGCUUUAUCACGAAACUUAAGGCCCCUUGCAGAGUUCCGACGAACGCCAUUGCCAUUCCCUCUAACCUAACCAGACUGGGUCUUUCCACCGUUGUUAACAAUCUUCUUUUAGCUGGGAAUCCUGAGUGGGAAGCAGAACCUUUUGAUUUUCUAAUUGAUGGCGAGUUUGUUAGAAUGUCGUUGGAGCAAUUCCUUCUUGCCAAGGGCAUAUCGGCGGAAAAAGUAUUGGAAAUUGAGUACAUUAAGGCUGUUGUCCCCCGAAGGGAGGAAGAGCCUUCUGUUCACGAUGACUGGGUCAGUGCAGUUGAUGGGUCUCAUUCCGGGUUCAUUUUGACAGGUUGUUAUGAUGGCUUAGGAAGGGUUUGGGAAUCUGCAGGAUUGUGUACACAUAUUCUUGAAGGUCACAAGGACGCCAUAUCUUCUGUUUGUGUUGUUAAUCCUGAAGAAGCAGCUAGUGUCACUCUUGCCACUGCUUCAAAGGAUCGAACACUUAGGCUGUGGAAGUAUUCAAAAGACGAUAGGGAUAGCAACCCUACCAAGAUAAGACCAUUCAAAAUAUUGAAAGGACAUAGAUUGUCUGUACAAAGUGUUGCAUCACAGAAAUCUGGAGACCUGAUCUGUUCAGGUUCUUGGGAUUGCACAAUCAAUUUAUGGCAAACGGAUGAAACUCAUUCUGAAGGCGACGUCUCCAUUAAAAAGAGAAGAAAGAAUGACCAGGUUGAAGAAUCUCAGUUAGAG